UUUGUAUUUGAUUUGCAUUGGAGUUUCAAUUCGGAGGUCUCCCUCUCCCUCUCCUUCUCCUUCUCGUCUCUCUCGCAUUCCCAUCUGGCAAAUCCCCUCUUUUCAAUUUUUUUUUCUCUUUCCCAUAAACACAUAAAAUACAAAUUCCAUUUCUCCCAUUUUACGAAUUUUCCCGAGAAAACCUCCAUAACUCAAAAUCUCCAACCAGCUAACAACACAACAACAGAUGAUCCCAGCUUCCCCACUUCAAUCCAUCUCCAUCUGCUUUCUUCUUCUUCUUCUUCUUCUUCUUCCUCCUCGAUUCUCCUGACCUCAAUCAAAUUCAUUCUUUUUCAUGUUUUUUCCAGUAAUCCGAUUCUCAUAACCACGGGUUCUCUCUCUCUCCCCCUUUCUCUCCCGCUGCGUGGAGAGAUCCUUUCCUUCUCGAUCCCCACUCCCUUCUCAAUCUUCGAUCUCUAAUUACGGAUCUCAACUCUUCCUUUUUACACCAUGCCCUCUCACGCGGAUCUGGACCGUCAGAUCGAGCAUCUGAUGGAGUGUAAGCCUCUUUCCGAGGCCGAGGUUAAGACGCUUUGUGAUCAGGCUAGGACCAUUUUGGUUGAGGAAUGGAACGUUCAGCCGGUCAAGUGCCCCGUCACCGUUUGUGGGGAUAUUCACGGCCAGUUUUAUGAUCUCGUUGAACUUUUUCGGAUAGGAGGGAAUGCUCCCGAUACUAAUUAUCUCUUCAUGGGUGAUUAUGUUGACCGUGGAUACUAUUCUGUGGAGACUGUUACACUUCUAGUGGCUCUAAAAGUUCGUUAUAGAGAUAGAAUUACAAUCUUGAGGGGAAAUCAUGAGAGCAGGCAGAUAACUCAAGUUUAUGGAUUCUAUGACGAGUGUUUGAGAAAAUAUGGAAAUGCAAAUGUCUGGAAGCACUUUACCGACCUCUUUGAUUAUUUACCUCUUACAGCUCUAAUUGAGAGCCAGGUUUUUUGUUUGCAUGGAGGACUUUCACCAUCUUUGGAUACCUUGGAUAACAUCAGAGCUUUGGACCGAAUUCAAGAGGUUCCACAUGAGGGACCGAUGUGUGAUCUCUUAUGGUCUGACCCUGAUGACCGCUGUGGUUGGGGAAUAUCUCCGCGUGGUGCUGGAUAUACUUUUGGGCAGGAUAUUGCCACUCAAUUUAACCACACGAAUGGGCUAACGCUGAUAUCAAGAGCCCACCAGCUUGUAAUGGAGGGAUACAAUUGGUGUCAGGACAAGAAUGUGGUGACUGUUUUUAGUGCUCCAAAUUAUUGUUAUCGAUGUGGGAAUAUGGCUGCAAUCCUUGAGAUUGGGGAGAAUAUGGAUCAAAAUUUUCUUCAGUUUGACCCUGCACCUAGGCAAAUCGAACCUGAUACCACACGCAAGACCCCCGAUUAUUUUUUGUAAACUCUCUUUGUCCGUCGGCUGCUUGUAAUUCUCCUUCUAUCUGCCGUGUUACUGUGAAUUUGACUCUAAAGGAUCACUCUUUGUUUAAGCUUUCUUCACCAUUCUUUUGUUUCCGAGUUUGUGCUGAUGCUGCUCUGUUGUUAAAUGGUGCUCAAGAUUUUGAUUGAUGAAGAAAAAUGACAGAAAGGCAUCAGAGGCCUAUUAUCUUGUAUAUUUCUUUUUUUUUUUUAAGAACGAACACGAACACGAGCAAGCGGCAAUAACCAUUCUUGUGCUCUGUAAUUUUACCUUUUCAAAGUAGAGAGCUGAUUUUUCGAACGCUUGUAGUAUUAUUUAUGUUUGAGAUAAUCCCAAUGGCUAAUGAAUGAAAACUGCAGCAACUGAACUGUUUAUUUAUUAUCUAUCAAA